AUGAACUUGGAAGAUAACCGCUUUGAAAGCCGUUUUGGAAAGUUACUAUCGAAUUUGUUUACUUCUACUCAAAUUAAAUUUCUUCUUCAUCCUACUAAAAAAAUUUGUCGUUGGUUGCCUGAAGACAUAUCGUCGGCGAUAACAUUACGCAGUGUCUCUCCAAAAGCUUACCGCUAUUUGAGAAAUAAAAAAGGUUUCCCAUUACCAGGUCCUUCCACGCUUAGAAGUUGGGCUUCAAAAUUUUCUGUAGAACCAGGUCUUUUACAUGGAGUGUUGUCAUUAAUGAAAUAUAAAGGAGACACAAUGGAAACCAAUGACAAAUUAACUAUUUUGUGUUUUGAUGAGACAUAUAUAUCAAAGAGAAUAUGCUUUGAUAAAAAAAACGAACAAGUUAUAGGCCCUCAUAAAUCUGUUCAAACAGUUAUUGCACGAGGAUUAAUAAAUAACUGGAAGCAACCAAUAUAUUACAACUUCGAUGAGCGGAUGACUAAAGAAAUAUUAAAUAAAAUAAUAGAAGAGUUAAGUGAAGUUGGUUUCAAUGUAGUUGCAAUAGUCAGUGACAGUGGUUCUACAAAUGUAGGCUUAUGGAAAAGUUUAGACAUAUCUAUCAACAAUACGUCAUUUGAACAUCCAAAACUAAAUUCCAGAAUUCAUGUUUUUGCUGAUGUUCCGCACUUAUUGAAAUUGGCUAGAAACCAUUUACUCGAUAGUGGGUUCAUACUUCCAAAUGGUAAAUUCAUCGGAAAAAAUAUACUCCACGAAGUUCUGAAUAUUAACUAUGGUAAAGAUUAUAAAUUUGCUCAUAAGCUAUCUGAGCGUCAUCUUUUUGUAGAAGGAUCAGGCCGCAUGAACGUUAGAUUAGCAGCAAAUGUAUUUUCUAAUUCAGUUUCAAAAGCCAUUGCGUACUGCGGUGAAAAAAACUGUCUAGAUAAAUAUAACUGGAAAGAGGUGAUUAUAUAA